CCCUCGCUCCCUCCCUCCGCCCGGGGCUCGCGUCCUCCCUCCGCUCUCCUCCAUCCCUCCCUCCAUCCUUCCCUCCUCCUUCUCGCUGUCCCUCCCGCCCCGCUCUCCGGAGCUGAUGUCACGCACCCGCUGAAGGCGCGGGCGAUCAUGGCUGCUGCUGCUGCUGCUGCCGCCGCGGCCGUGCCGCCGGCCUCCAGCUAAUGCCCGCGAUGGAGCCGGCGAGCCUGCUGCGGUUCCUGCGGAAGCUCAAGGAGGUUUUCGACGUGUGCGACGAGGAUGCGGACGGCUUCAUCCGGGUGGAGCACUUCGUCGCUCUGGGGCUGCAGUUCGGCCAAGGGGAUGAGGUGGAAAAACUGGCAAAGUACUUGGACCCAAAUGAUUUGGGAAGAAUCAAUUUUAAGGACUUCUGUCAUGGAGUUUUUGCUAUCAAAGGCUGUGAAGAGUUACUAAAGGAUGUCCUGUCUCCUGAAAACUCUGGGCCUCGACAUUACAAGCCACAGUAUGUUGAUUACUAUUACCAGGGUGGUGAAAUCCAGGACUGUGCCUACUUGGACAGCGAAAGCGCCUACAGUGAGUCGGAGCUCUUUCCUGAUGACGACGCGAUGACUCUAGCACAGCAAGAGGUUCACCAUGAGUCUGACAUGGACAGUGCUAUUGAGAGUGCCCAGAGCUCGGAGGCCUCCGACGUGUGUCGGAGCGAGGAGAAGGACGGUGUGCUUGGUGGCCUGUUUCUGCCUGGUGACAAGUCAAGUCCUCACAACCCUUCUGCAGCAUCUGACCUCUCAACUUAUUCCACCGCCUCUCUGAUCAGUAAUGAAGAACAGUUUGAAGACUAUGGGGAAGGAGAUGAUGUGGAUUUUACUCCCAGUAGCCCCUGCCCUGAUGAUGAGACCAGAACCAACGCCUACUCUGACCUUGGCUCAUCUGUAUCUUCCAGUGCUGGCCAAACACCCCGAAAAAUGAGGCAUGUUUAUAACAGCGAGUUACUGGAUGUUUACUGCUCACAGUGCUGCAAAAAGAUAAAUCUACUCAACGAUUUGGAAGCCAGGCUGAAAAACUUGAAAGCAAACAGCCCUAACAGGAAAAUAUCAAGCACAGCUUUUGGAAGACAACUCUUCCACAACAGUAACUUCAGCAGCAGUAAUGGCAGCACAGAAGACCUGUUCAGAGACAGUAUAGACUCCUGUGAUAAUGAUAUCACUGAAAAGGUAACGUACCUAGAAAAAAAGGUGACAGAACUGGAGAAUGAUAGCCUGACAAAUGGUGACCUGAAGAGCAAACUGAAACAAGAGAACACACAGCUAGUUCACAGAGUUCAUGAGCUAGAAGAACUGUUGAAAGACCAAGAAACAUCAGCAGAACAGACCCUGGAAGAAGAAAUAAAGAGACAUAGAGAAGCAUAUAGCAAGUAUGAAAAAGAAAAAGGCACCGAAAUUGAACUGCUAAACACAAGGGUUCAGCAACUGGAAGAAGAAAAUGGUGAGCUGAAAAGCGCUGUCACACGACUGAAAUCACAAACGGAGAGAUUAGAUGAGGAAAGGCAACGCAUGUCAGAUAGGUUGGAAGACACUAGUCUGCGACUGAAGGAUGAGAUGGAUUUGUACAAGAGAAUGAUGGACAAGCUGCGGCAGAACAGACUGGAAUUUAACAAGGAGAGGGAAGCCACACAGGAGCUCAUUGAAGACUUGCGGAAGGAACUGGAGCACUUGCAGCUGUACAAGCUGGAAUGUGAGCGUCCUGGACGUGGGAGAAGUUCUUCAUCCAGUGUGAGUGAAUUCAACGCCAAAACCAGAGAGGUGGAAAUGGAGCAUGAAAUAAAACGGCUGAAGCAGGAGAAUCAAAAACUUCGUGACCAAAAUGAUGAUCUUAAUGGACAGAUCCUAAGUCUUAGUCUUUAUGAAGCUAAAAAUCUCUUUGCAACGCAAACAAAAGCCCAGUCACUGGCUGCUGAAAUUGAUUCUGCAUCAAGAGAUGAGCUCAUGGAAGCCCUUAAAGAACAGGAGGAGAUAAAUUACAGAUUGCGACAGUAUAUGGACAAGAUAAUUUUGGCAAUCCUAGACCACAACCCGUCUAUCCUGGAAAUAAAGAAUUGAAGAGAAUAUGAGAAGGAAAAGCAGCAACUGCCUGAUAUUUCUGCACAUGCCACUGGAUCUAAACAACACUCUGAUACUGUAAAUUAAUCUAUAAAUAUAUAUAUACACUACGUGUGAGUGUGGGUGCGCGGGUGUGUUUAUAUGAUGUUUGGUACACUGUUAUUUGUCAUUGAAUUGGCUUGGUUAGACUUUUUCCAUGCACUUUCAAUACCUGUGAUAAGAUGGAUACUGUAUAUUAAUGUAAUAACAAUAUAACUGGAUCAUGCUGUUUUAGAUACUGGACAAAAUGACUCUACCUCUAGUUGUAAAGGUAAAAAAGACAAUGGAAACAUAUGGAUGUGGCCCUAACUUUAGGAGCAAGAAUUGUUCUUUCGUUCUUCCAGGAAUUUGGGUACCGCAAACCAAUUAACAUACCCAGGUUCAGUUCCUGACUGGUGCUGACUGUGUAAUUUCCUAUUUGAUUUAGUUUUAGUACUUAAACUACACGUAGGAUAAAAAAAAAAAAAACAAACUUUGGGGAAGAGGAAAGACACAAAGUAAAAGGGAAGAAGAGGAAGAUAUUGCAGAAUUGUUGCUAUUUGUGAAAAAUCACCAUCCACUUGUUUGCCACUGUCAGCACAAAGUGCUUUUUAUGUAAGAUCACUUUGGAGCCUGCUUUGGGAUGCUCUGAGCCAGCCUGCUCUUUAGCGUGUGCACGCAUGUGUAUUUUUUAUGUCAGGGUCCCUGUAGCAUUGAGGCUAAGAAGCUUUUCAAAUCUGUUCCCCUAUUUUCAGGGGUUUACCAUGGGCCAUUAUGAUGAAUUCUGGGAUCCUGCCCCUUCCCCUCACCCUUAAUUUUAAAGAUUUCACUGAACGUACACGUUCCAGUUCUUACCAAAAAAAAAAAGAAAAAAAAAAAAAGAAAAAAAUUGCAUCAAAUAGAUCACUUCAAGGGGAGGAGGAGCAGCAGCCCUUGAAAUUACGUGUUGAGUUGCUUUCCCACCCCAGAUACUCUGCAUUCCUUUGAGACUGAUAUUUUGUGGGCAAGCUGUGGAGAGGACCUGUUGGGUCCUAACACAGUGGUGGAGAGAAGUCUGAUGUGGAGUGACUUUUACCUAUAGGGCAGUAAAAAGAAAAAGAGCUUGGUCUUACAGAAGUUACCAAUCCAGACUGAGUACUCACAUGCAUAUCUAAAGCUCUGAAUAGGGAACACAUCCUGAUUUAGAUGAGCAGUUGUGCAGGUGCUUAACUUUAAAUGUGUACUGUGACUGCUCGUAGAAGUCAGUGGGACUGAACAUAAGCUUUAAAGUUGAGUGUAUGCUUAAAUGCUGCCUUAAAUAGGGAUGGACUUCAAUGUGUGCCUGUGUCCUCCUGAGCUGGAUCUGUGUACUGUAGGGCUAGGACCUUUUUAAUUAAUAAUGUAGCUUGUAUAAGGAGCUUAUGGAAUUGUUUGGAUAGUUGAAUGCUUAAAAAAAAAUUUUAUUCCAUCCACUUUUUUAAAAGUAAAAAUUUCACACUUUUGAUUCACAGCAACUGGUACAGAAAAAUAGGCCCAAGUAUCUGGCUUUCCCCAAUGCAUAGAGAUGUUUCCUCUAUUGAAUACACUCCCCAGAAGAAUGUUACAGUAGCAAUGACUGUGCUUUUCUGUGUAUUUCUUGCUGUUGGCAGUGUCUUGCCCCUAGUAUUCUCUUGAUGUAUCUUGGUGUGUAUAUGUGAUACAUUUUUCCUGAAUCUGAAUACAUAAAGCAUGUAUUCAGUUAUGGAUGUAAAUAUAUAUAUAUUUUUCUGCAAUCUCUGUGCUCUUGCCUUCAGUGAUGUGUUACUGGAGUGAUGGGAAGUGGGGGAAGUACUGAAAUCAGGUUUUCUUGAAGGCAAGAAAAUAAAAACAAUUUGUUUCUAUGUAUCUGCGUUAGGCAGGUGUAAAGUAACUGGAAGGCGAAAGGAUCAGAGGAAUAACUAUGGGACACAGCACCCCAGUGCACAAAGAUACCUGUAGGACUUCAGUGCUCUGGGAGAAAUGGUACAGUCUUGUUCAAUCAGUGAUGUCUCAGGGCUGGUUUCCUGAGGCUCUAGGGCAAUCCGGAGGAAGGGAUUUAAAGACUACUCCUCUGCCUCCUGGGGAUGGUGUAAAACGUCCUGUGCUAAAUUGCAGCAGCUUCUGUUUGUGGAGAAGCAGGUGGAACACCGUGGACACCCCACACAUGCACCUUUCCCACCUGCUGCUGCUUCUGGAUGUGCCACCUGUAAGGUAGGAGAGGAACAGUUAAGCCAGCUUGGUGCUACCUACAGCUCCCUGCCUACAGGACUCUUUACCUGCACAUUAGUGAUGGCAUUUCCCUCUGUGUGGUGCUGUCUGUGGGUUGUGCCAAGGACUUUGCUCUUCUUAUAGGCCACAGAGAACUGUUUCAAAUUGUCAGGUGGCUGUUGCUAGCCUGCUGUGACAAGCAGGGCUGGGUGAGCCAGCAGCCCCGCUAAUGGAACUGACUGUGUUUGGUAAGUUACACUUCUGUCCUGCUCUCAUGCAGUGGAUUUAAAGACGGGUGAAGCUGUUGCAGGUCAGACUGGUGACUGCAUGUUUUCCCCUAAAUAUUUUUAAGUAAACUGGACUUAGCUUCAAAAUUUUAAUACUCUAAACCCCAUUCCCAUUAGGGUAGAACAUCAGCAAAUGUUGAGGACUAUUUCACUGAAAAUUAUGCUGAGCACUUGGGUAGCAGAGAGCCUGGCUUACUUCACUGAGACCACAGACCCCAUGGACAUGAACAGAAGAUGACAUGACUGUAGCGAUAGCCAAGUUUUUGUGCAGGUAAUUAUAUGUAAGAGGUGAAUAGUCACUAAUAGUGACAAAUAGUCACUACAUCUAGCUGAAAUCCCGAAAGCAGUAUUCUAGCCAAGGGUACCCAGCAGUGGAUUUUCUAAAGACUUGCAGGACUUCUUGUUUAGCUCUGUACCCAACUGCUUUAGCAUUUAGAAGCUCUUCCUUGCUCCAGUGUUUGCAUUUGAAGAGUUGUCUUACCACCAUGUUGGUGGUGUUUGUAGCUUUGUUUUAUUGCAAAAAGGAGUUAUACUUCUGCUCCUGUAAGGCCCUCAGUGUGGUACUGCUUUCUGUUAUUGUUCAAAUUCAUAUCCAGAUACUUGCUAUGUUUGACAAAUAAUGUUAGUUGGAGGCGAGAGAGGCAUUUUACUGGCAGGUACAUUUUCCUCUAAGGUAUUGACCUCUAAAAAUACUAAUUAGCAAUUGCAUUCUUAGACUGAGUAACCACAGUAACUACAGGUAUUAGACCAACUUGCCUUGCAGUCCAAGCCUUGGAGAACCCUUCUAUUUCAGAAAAGAAGUCAUCAUGUUUUAUGACAUGCGGGUAACUUGGUAAUAAGGGAUCACUUGAUGGGUCACUGGGGCAGGGAGAAGUGUAAUCUGAUAUUGAUGUUGCAGAGAAUGCAUAUUGUGACCAAGUGUCAGGCAGACACAUUGGCAGAACAGACAGGAGAUGUGGGAGAUAGGGAGGCACUGGUUUCAGUGUCUGUUCUCUGAUAAAUUUCUUACUUUACUGUGGGCUUCCUUUGUGCUCACAGGCCAGCUGGGGAAGUACAGUCUGCCUCUGUGUCAGUGUUACUGUUGGUGGAACAAUGGCUUCACUUCCCUGGGUAAAUAACUUCAAACACAGAAAUGUGGUAUCAUCUCAUUCUAGCAAUACUCAAAUGCAGUAAAUAUUCUUGUGUCAAAACUGUGCUUCUUAUUUAACCCUCGGGGAUGCAAACACAAUCCAAGGUACUGUAUCUUGAUCUGCUGCUUAGUUCAUUCUACUGCAGAUUCUGAAAAGCUAAAUGAUAUUCUGGUCAAACCAGUUGCAAACCACUGCAGGUGUUUUUGUACAGUGAAAAAAACCUACUUGCUUCUGGCUAGAAGCUGUCCUUUGUCAGGCUAAUCCCACACAUAAGCUACUGCAGAAAAAACACCUCUUUCAAGACUUGCACUUAAGAGUACCUGAAAUGUACUCUCCCAAGAUUUUUCUGAUACUGGCUGCUUCUCUCCAGACAUCAGUCUUCGGCUGCUGCCUAGUUCUGGUUCCAGAAUGCGAUGCUGAUUCAGAACUACCUUGAUAUCAAAAGAGUAUUUUUCAGCUUUUUUAAUAACUUCUGUGAAAGACUCAAGCUGUUUGAGAAUUUGUUAUGUUUUGAAGUGCAACAGUGACAAAACUGUAACCAUCCCAUCUAUUUUUAAGGAGGUUUUAAUAUGCAAAUUUGUAGCAAGUCUCAAAAAAAAUCCAAUACACUUUUGCUGCCAACUUUCCUUUUAUGGUCUUGGGAGAAAUUCAGAUGUUUCUCAGCCAGCUCUGUAGGGAAUUGAACACAGCGUUAUUAAUUCUCAAAGAUGCGUGUAUCAACAAAUAUUUUGCUGUCUGAAUGCAGCAAUGCUCCAUUUACUUUGGUAGAACUGCAUUAGUCUCCAGAGAGGAUCUUGGCCUACAGUAUUUAGGCUCCCUAAUCUGGUUAGUAAUUGAGGGCUUGGAAGCUAAUAUAUAAACAUACGUUGUGGCCUGCUACAUCAGUCACUGUUCAGCAGUCUCUGCAUCAUAGUGCUGGUGACACGUGAUGAAUCUAAGAACUAGAAUUUACAAAUAAACGAAUACUUUUUUUUCUUCUUUAAUGUCAAUGGACAUACAGUAUUUUUUUCUUAAAACAAAUACUGUAUGGUGUGGUCUGAGGGAUUUUUUCCAAGGAAGGAAGGAAGUAGCAGCUGAUCAAACACUUGCUGAAUCAGUGGCUUGGCUUACAUUGAUUUAAGUGAAAACUUGACUCAAAACUGUAACUGAGCAGUUCCUGGAUUGGUUCUGGUGUUAGUAGCAAUGCUUGUAUUCUUGUUAUGUCAUUUGCUGCUCAAGAAACAUUGUCAAGAAGGCAUGACAAGUGAUGUAACACAGCUGAUUUUAAAGGACAUAGCUCCACAGUUGCUGGCGCUUUGUUCCUUUGCAGCAUCCUCGGGGUUUUCUCAGUAUUUUUCAAUUCAAGACAUUGAUCCAAGGAGCAGUUUGCUAUUGAAGCAUGUGGCAUGUGUGGGUUUCUUAUUUAAUGAAACUCUGCGUGUACCUUUUAGAGUUUGAUAAGGAUUGCAGUAGGUGUUUGGUCUGAAUGCUGUAAUCCUGCAUAAUGCACUGGGAGUUGCUCUGAUGUGCAAGACAGUCGUUUCUUUGUGGGAUUCUUCCCCAGUAUAUGUUCUGUUGACACUUACACUCUUGGUCUUGUCCCCUGCUGCUGUGCCCGCUGUCAGAGUGUCUGCGUGCCUUGGGGCAGCCACUUUGAGCAGAUGGGAGGGACAAACACAACAUUCUUGGCUUCAGUAUGGCUUUAGCUACUGAGAUGAAGAAUUUUAGCCCUGUCUUUAUACCAGGCCAGUCCUGUCCACAUCUUUUGUGUGGUCCUGAAAACAAGUUGUGUCCCAUCUACAUGACAAAAUGUUAUAGCUGAUUCUCAUGAUAUGCGAGCAAGUAGGGUGAAUAAGCCUGAAGUCCAUCCAGGUAAGGGAUCAUUGGGACAUCCCCAUUAAGUUUUGCCUUGAUUCUGUAUAGCUGUCCAAUUGUAUGCUGUACUUACACACUGUUUGCAAGGCACGACACAGCCCUACUAGCUUAGCCUAGCAAGCAUACCUUAUACAUAAUGACAGCAGCCCAUUAAGUUAGAAAAUCUGCAACUAGGGUCCCUGUACCAUAGUUUGCCACAGUGUGGAGCCAGCUGACAGUGCUACAUUGUGUUCCAUAAACUUUUUUUUUUUUUUAGCUUACUGGCCUAAGUCUCAAAGUUUUGUUCAACUGGGAGCAGUACCUAUUCAAACAUACAAUUAGAGAGAGAUUGCUUUUUACUUAAGCUUUAUAUUAUGUUAAUAUAUGAAAACAUAUAUUAACAAACAUGGACUUCUAUUUAACAAACAUAUAUAUAAUUUACACGUUUCUUUCCCGAGUUAAGUAAAGGUGACCCGUUCACCUAUGUCAAAACUGGUAGUUAUUUUCCACUUUAGCAAAAUAGAUGACAAUUCCAAUUAAAAUAUUUUAUGUCCAAUUAAAGAUAAAUGAUGCAUCAUGAUUACGAGUUUCUCUUAUCCAUCCCUACCUUUAUCAUUUACCAAGGAUGAUCCUUCUAAUUACCCCAGGGGCUAACCCUAAUCCUAGUCGUCGUAAAACAGUUUAGUUGUACCCUUGAUGAUGUAAGAAAAAGGAUAGAAACAGACUUUAUUGGGAAAGAUAAACAGUACAACUACAAUCACUACUAUCUACUACAAUAAAAUUAUGACAGUCAUAUAUUAAGUUCUUACAAUGGUUCUUGAUUGACUUGUAAAUAUAUACAUAAUAUCUACCGAGGUAAAUAAUGCUUUGUUUGAUAAAUAACAAGCAACCUUUUCUUGCCGGGAAUUGGAGAGUCCCAAUGUUUUUAACACUUUGUAAUUACCUUGAUACCAUUUUCCACACACUCCCACAGGAAAUCCCUUGAAUUUAAUAUCCUUUGCAUUUGUCAGUUCCUGAAUUUGAUCUUUGAGGUGUUGGUAUUUCCUUACUUUCUCUGCUGCCAUGUCUGCCAGUGAUGUUGAUUUACUUUCAUUUAGAAUUGUGAUGUCCACAACUAGCGCUUGAUCCCCCUUAACGAAUAUGAGAUCAGGUUUAUGUAGCUAAUUUUGUUUCUCUUUUAGCAUAGGCUCUUGGAAUGUUAUCCCAACUUUCUUUUUGGCUUCCCUUAUUAGUAUUUCACAUAGUUGGUUAUGUCUUUUUAUCCUGGCAUCUUGUAUCAUGGGACAGUAUCCGAUGGUAUGUGCUGCACAUGUUUCAUUCUCAGCUUGACAAUGUCAAAAAGCCUUAACUUGUGACUGUUGUCUUCCCCUUGCUAGGAAUUCCCUUGUGGGAUACACGUUUGCUCUUAAUUGUAGUGCAGUGAUGAGUUUGCUGUGGGGAAUGCCUCUAUAAUGUUCGAUCCAGCUGUUACUGAUUUUAUCCUUCUCAAAGUUGGUAAUUCCAUGGCCCUGGGACAGCAGCUUGGUCCAAUUCAUAAACUCGUGUUUUCUCCAGUUACACAGUUUAGGAAAGAUAGGUUUUGGAGCUGGUCACUCCCAUUCUGAAGAUGGUUCAUCAUCACCCAAUUCCUCUGAUAUUAACAUAACCGCCCUUGGGUCCCAAAUAGAUGGAAUUUUAUUCUUGUCUCCUCCAGCUAUAACCCAUAAUUUUUCAAAUUCUUUUUUGAGCCCAACUUGUUUUACAAUUGCUCUUGUUUCAUCCAAAGACUGCGCAAUUCUAUGCAGUCUUCAGGCUUGUACACCGGGGAUCAGACCAGAGAGUCUGGUAAUACCUAAACCUCCAUCACACAUGCUGGAAUAUAGGAUGGCAUCACAGGUACUUGCUGGUAGAUGUAGUCAUUUCUUGACAUGUAGUCAUUUCUUGACCACUGUUCGAAUUGCAAGGUCAAGUGUUUCUAGGUACAUUACUUUUACAUCAGCUUGGUCUGCUAAGUAGAUCAAUCAUGGGAUAGUAUAUCCCUUCAAGAUGUCUACCUUCUGAAGUGGUUUCAAAGAAGCUUCUCCUAUCUGUUGUAACCAAUCCUUUAUCUUCUCCGGUAGUUCUGGUUUUGAUAUUCCAGUCCAUGGGUCUACACAUAGUCCCAAGUACUUUUCGAAAUACCGGGUUCAAUCGUAUUAAGGAGGGUGCCAUUAAUUAGCCACAGAGGACAGUCAUUGAUUGUAUAUGAGUCCUGUGUAGGUUGAAUAUAAAAAACAUGGCAUUUCUCCCCCUGUGUCUUGAGGCCUGUCAAGUCACAGAAGACCUCUAAGAUUUUAAAAUUCUUCUGCAUUCCGUCCCAUGAUCCACUCAACAGUACUAAGUCAUCUGCAAAAGCCAUGGUUGUUACAUGUUUCGAGCAGUGUUGGAAUCCAUUUUCCUCUAACUUGCAGAGUAAGGGAUCCACAGAUAAGUUAAAUAACAAAGGAGACAUUGGAUCACCUUGUUUCACACCAAUCUGAAUCCCAGUAGGACCCAACUGCUCAUUCCUCAUAUUAAUACGAGUAUUGGGGUUUCGAUACAGAUUCGUAAUCAGGGUGAUAAUAUGAUUGUCCACGCCCUUUUGUCUCAGAUCCAUAAUGAUGUGAGAAUGGCUUACGGUGUCGAAGGCUUUGGCUAGGUCAAUGAAGACUGCUCCCGGGGUCGAUGUUCUUUCUUGGCAUUCUUAAUCAAAAGUUGUAAUAAUUUUAAAUUUUCUGCACACCCUGCUGAUCAAAUAAAUCCCCUUUGUCGUGGAUUAAUGGGGCACGCCUUAGUCACUCUUGCUGUCAGGAUCCUUGAGAAUAAUCUCAAGAUAAUUGAUCCGAUGGUAAUUGGUUGCCAAUUUUUUAUGUCCUUCUGGCACUCUGGCAAGGAUGAUUUUGAUAUUAACACAGUCUGACAUUCUUUUACCACGUCUGGUACAGUGCCAGAUACCAAUCACAGAUUGAAUAGCUCCAUCAGUUGGAUAAAGUGAGGGUCUAUCUUGAUGAUAUCCCUCAAGCUUAGUCCAUCUGGUCCUGGCGCUGUGUUCUUGUUCAUCUCUGUGAUAGUUUUAGAGAUUUCUUUCCCCGCGAUCAUGGCUUUGAAUGCCGAGUUGUCCGCCUGACCAAUGGUUCUGAAAGCACCCAGGCCCUGAAUGUUACCGGCAAUUCCCACCUCAACUUGAACACCUCUUGUACCUCAUCUUGUGGGAUACUGCCCCUCAGGGAUUCCACAUCAUCCAGGAUGAUACCGGCAAGUUUCCCUCUAUCCUGGUAAAACAGCUGCUGGAAUCGUAGGAAUUGCCCCUGCUUUACAGCUCUCUUCUUCAUCCACUCCUUUGGUGGUUCCAAAGUACGAGCUUUCCAGGCCAUUUGAUGCUGUUGACCUUGGCUUGCUUUCAACUCAGUGGACUUCGUGAAAAGGCGUGAAUAGCAAUCCUCAAUCGCCUCAUCAACUAGUGUUGAAGGAGCAUCUUUCCCUUCAAUCACCUUUUCAAAGAUUCCCUGGAGAAUGGGCAGUUUUUCAGAUGUUAACCAUUCAGAGAUUACCCUCCAAUAAUGAGACCUCAGUCCUCCAUCCACCUGCGGUCCAAUGUUUGCAAGAUGUUCCCCCUCUUUUAUAGCUGUUUCUUCCAAUCUUGAUCUUUUUCCCUUUUCACCAGGCUCUUAUGAAGACCCCUUCUUUUAUCACUUAUCUGUUCGGUUGUUUUUGACGGAAUAUAUUCCGCAACCAACUUAAUGAUGUUUUUACUUCCCUCAUGCUGUUUAUCCAAAUUCCUCAAUAACUCCACCUCCUCUUCCAUCCCUCACUGCUGAUGUACCCCUCUGGCAGUACCCACUUUAGGGUGGCAGCAAUCCGCUCAACAUUUCUCAUAACUGGAUGGGCCAAGCGCUUAUGUUGCCCCAGGCUGAUUUUUCAUUUCAGAAAAUGAAAUGAAUGUCCUCUCGCAUUCCUCACAUUUCCAACCCUUCACAGGGGCAGCUUCCACAACCCCCUUGCACUUCAGAAAAUGGCAGGCAAUACUAUGGUGUUUCACAUUAGUUCUCCCAUGCUGAGCACUUUGGAACAAGAUCUUCUUCUUCCCAUGUGCUCUCUUUAGAUGUUCAAUCAAACCCGAUGUUUUUCCUAUCCUGUUUCCACAGCAUGGACAACAUGGAUUUUUGUCAGGGAUCUUUACCACCGGUAUACCCCCAGUUGGCACGUCACUGCUGGGGCCCAGGAUAGGGGUCAAUAGCAACAGUAAAAGUCCUAGCCAUGGCUCCAGGAGGUAAGAGUUCCCCCUCCUUUUCACUCUCUUUCUCCUGUAGAGAUGGACUGAUAACAUUGCCCCUGAGGCUCAAGGAGACAAGUACCUCAUAUACCUCUGGUAACAUGGCCAGAUUGUCAGCCAAAGUAGAAGAAUGCUGGCACUCUAAACCAGUCAUCUCUGAGUUGACAAACUCCAAUCCCCUCAAGUCAAACCUCGCCUCCAGCAGCUUCUCAUGGUCUUUGAUGGUACGAAUGACCACAUUGUCUCACAAGUCCAAAGGACUUGUUUGUGUGGCCACCGAUACGAAUGCAAUUUGCAUUGGCCAACCCAUUUUCCCAAUCCAAGAUUGAGGGUAAGUAUAAGCCUGACAGCACCACCCUCAAGGGCCAUCAGACUGGGCCCAGCUACACCCCUGAGCACAGGUGUUGGGCAACGAUAGAGAAUCAGUGCCAGAAAUCUGUUUCACCUUAGGAAAAGUACUAUCGAGUGGUUGGUGGAGCCAGUCAAUAGAGAGGAAGGAGCCAUAAUUCCCAUAACUCUGGGCAGAGAUCAUCUUGGUUACCCUGAAGGGCAUCCAGCGGGACCACAUGCAGGUGUGACCUCUGCAGCUCUGCCCAGUUAGUAACUAUGAUCCCAUCUUAAGACAGGCAUAGAUACUCCCAUAGUUUGGACACCUACCCCAAGAAUCUGUAUUUCUUUUUUACGUAGGUGUUGUAAGUGGUGCAGCUGUGACAUCUGAGCUGUCAGCUUUCGCAUCACCAUUCUCAGCAGAGUGACAUUCAUCCUGGCAACCUUCCAUAAAGCCCGUUGUGCCCUGGCAAAGGGCGUGGAGGUGAUUGUUCUGGCAGACACACGUUCAAUAUGCAGACGGUAAGGGGUGCAGGAGGGCUGCACUUACUCUUCCACCCAGACAGUUGGAACAGUGAUCUUCUUACACUACCCAACAUCAGCCCCAUUUUAUUUAGUACCUUACCCAUAGCUAAAUUAUUCUGGCUUUGGAGAAGGGAAGUCAGAAGGGGAACCAAGAAUUUUAUAUCAUGUGAACACUUUAGUAUGCUAUAGAGCAGUAAAUGUUGCACUGACGGUAUGUUUAAAUACUGAGAUAUUUUGAGAAUUACUGUAAAAUCGUUGUGGGAGACAUUUAGUUUGCUUUGUUGCACAGACUGUACUUAUAUUUUUUGCAUGGUUACAUAUUUUAGUACUUGUGCCUUUUACUUCUCUGUUGAUACAUUUUAUUUUCACAUUUUAUCUCCUAUUCUGGGCACUUUUGAUAUACACAUUUUUCAUUUGAUCUUCAUCUCUGGUUUUCAUGUGAUGUACAUGUGUAUAUAUAAAAUAGAUCAGAUUUGUAUUCAUGUGCCUCUGAGAUGUAAAAAAUACUCAUUUUGUACAGGUUUUUUUAGAAGCACUAGGUCAUGGUCUAAAUUAAGUAGCAAAGGAAAUUUAACAUAAUUAGCAGUUCUUUGUCUUCUUUUAGAAAUGUUGUGUCAGAUGGCUGGUCUCUUUUAUAAGGCAAUGUCACACACACACUCCCCAGAUUUAUUGUUCUAGUAUCAUUAUGCGACCAAUUCUAUCCACUUGUUGGUUUCGGUUAAUUCAAAAUAAUAAAACACCUAACUAAAUGUAACAGUCCUGACUUGACAAUUAUAUUUUUUAUUCACACUAAAGCCAAUUUGCUUCUUUUUAUACUUGAAAUGGACACCAGACCAAAAUCUCAUUUGAACAUGUUGCCCAUUUGAGGUUAACUUCAGUUCUGGGAUUAUUUUUGUGAGAGUGGGCAAGUGAUUUACUUUGCCCAUUGAAACGGAAAGAGAAAUAGCAUUACCAAUUCAUAGACUCUCCCUCUUAGAGAGGGUAAGAUGUUUUAGAUUACUUCUGUUCCCUCCCUGGCUUCUGUGGCAGCUUUUCCUAAGGACAGACCCUGGACCUGCAUGCCUGGAGAUUGUCCUCUUGCAGAUGUGAGAAAUUGGGUGUCUCGCUUUUCACAUUUUGGCAACUGUGGAAUAAACUCCUUCCCUUGGUGUUUGUAGCACAGCACUCUCCUGCAGCAUUUGGGAAGCUAAAUAGAUGUUGUGAGACUGGGCCAUCUGUAAUUCUGGCAACCGGGGCCCGGUCCUAGAAGUGUUCUUCCCUCCCACCAACCUCUUCUUGAGUUGGUGCUUUCAUUUCUUGAGUGUUGACCCCCUCAUCUGGUGAGAUGCAUGAAUUGUUCCCUCUCUCGCACCUUGUGGUUUAUCAAUACCCAAUCACCAGCCCCUGGACACAGUGAGAUAAUAAAUUGUGGUAAGUCACAAGAAAGAAAUCAUCAAUAUCCCCUAAAUCUCCCGAAACACAAAGUUUUGAUCUAUAAAAUAAUACGUUCCAUUCUCAUGGAGCAGAAUUUUUUUAACUGAAUUUGGUACCCACUUGGAUUAUAAAGCUGCCUUAGAAGCAAGGAGGUGGUUUUAUUUUUUACUUCAAAGGCUGCUUGGUAUGAAUAUGAGCAAAGUCCACUCGCUCCAUUGUUACUAAAAAAACCUGAAAAAAGCAGCCAGGAAAAGUGGCAUAUGACUAUUUUUAAUCUCGUUCUGUAACUUACAACACAAAAGUGAAGUGAUGUCAAUACUGUUGCAAUGUGCCAUUACACUAUUUUCUCUGUAUUUUCUUGGAAUACUUUCUGGGGACAAUAAAGCUGUUCUUGCUAAUGUGGAUCCUUUCAGGUAGCUGUAAUGUACAAUCAGAUAUGUAAAUAAAUUAUUUGCUUUCCCUGCAUGACUAAAA